CUAAAAGGCAACUAUCACAACACGCAGCAACUGCGUAGCAAGCAAACAAAUCAUGUCUUCCACACCGCCGCCGCCCCCGCCGCCGCCCCCGGCUUCUUCCCGCCGAAAGCGAUCCAGCGAGACCCCCGUGACAAGCGCCAACCGAAGCAACGACGCCGAAGGGGGCUUGCUGUCGCCCAAGUCAACCUUUUCGCAGCCACUUCUGUAUUCCACGAACGUCGGCAAUGAUUCCGCUGCGGUUGGAAGCACCACCAAGCUCCGGGUCCGGAUCAAGUCCUUCCACGGGGUCGCCAGGUGGACGUGGAACGUCGGUAACGGAAGCGACGACGAGGUCUGYGGGAUCUGCCAGUCGGCCUUCGAGGGGUGCCCACCGGGGGUCAAGUACCCAGGAGACGARUCCCCGGUGGUCUUUGGGACCUGYGGUGYGUUGCGCYUAUUGCGUUUGUUCACUGUUGCGUGUAUUGGUAUUUUCCAUUAUGCGGUGCGCUGCAUCGCAUUUUGUUKCGUAGUUGUGUCUGUUCGUGCCRAAAAYACUUCUUAUCCCAAUUUUUCGUGUGUUCCGUUUUCAUCCGCUGCAUCCCGUCCGAACCGAUCGCGGCACAGGUCACGCCUUUCACCUGCAGUGCGUGGCGACCUGGCUCAAUUCGAACAAGCAAACCUGCCCGAUCUGCCGUGCCGAGUGGGAGUACGGAAACUCCGGGGAUCAGCAGCAAUCGCAAUCGCAGCAGUCGCAACCCAGCGGGACAGCUCCCGCCAAUCAAACURCGGGAGAAAGCGGUGGUCCUCCGUAAGAAAACCYAUCAAUCACUACGCUGGCAUUUCCUGUGGAUGGAACUAAGAAAGAAAAGAUCAAAUCUAUUCCAUUUCGUGUACAUGAUGACAUGCGAUACGGCUCAAAUUGAUAUUGAUCUGUGGACGCGUGGAUGAUAUGGAUUCAAUUAAGUUCUCACAACAACUUGGCAGAAUCGGAGAGUCCUCCCUUGAUACACCCCUUCGCAUCAACGAAGGCACCUUACCUCAAACAUUUGGUUGGUCCUUUUGCAACACGGUCCGAAUGACUCCCAUAGUAGGCCGGCCAUGCUUAAUCCAUUAGGCAAGGUGCACAUUUUUGACCGACCCCUGACAAAUUCAAAACAAUCGACUCUUCGGAUUGGUUGUCCACAUGUCUAGGKYGCAGUUGCGUAUUGCAUUAUUUUCUUUUCCCCCGAUGAUGCAAAUUUCGAAUACAGAAAUCUGCUAUGGUAUUGCAACGAAAUCAAAUGCGAUAGGACAGAGCAAACCGUAACGAAAAAUCCAAGGGUUCGCUUCUCUGUUGCAGGGAAAGGCAAUUUGACCGUGCGAAACCUCAAAAAAAGGCAUCUAAAAAAUGCAGUGCUACUUGAAACUCGUAAUGGCGCCGAAAGAAARGCUCGCAACUAACAUCGAUAGAGAUAUCCGAAAAGCCGUAGCGAAACAAAGAACAUAUCCGGAGAACUAAUGAACGAACCAAUAGUCGUUGCAAUCUUCAAAAGUAAAGCAACGCCAUGGCA